AUGCGUAUUGAAACUUGUUAUUUCUGUUCAUCCAGGAUAUAUCCUGGUCAUGGCAUUCAAUUCGUGAGAAACGACUGCAAGAUUUUCAGAUUUUGUCGAUCAAAGUGCCAUGCUGCGUUCAAAAAGAAGAAGAACCCACGUAAGACCAAAUGGACCAAAGCGUACCGUAAAACUGCCGGCAAAGAAUUGGCGAUCGACCCGUCAUUCGAGUUCGAAAAACGCCGAAACAGUCCAUUGAAAUACAACAGGGAAUUAUGGGCAAAAACCAUUGAAGCUAUGAAAAAGGUCGAAGAAAUUAGACAAAAGAGAUCAAAUAACUAUAUCAUGCAGCGACUGAGGAAAGGCCGUGAAGUUGAGUGGCAAAGAGAUGUACGAGAAGUACAGAGAGAUAUAUCACUCAUCAGAUCCCCAGCAGCAGGGCUUAAACAGAGACAGGCGCAAGAAGAAAUGGAGGUUGAACCCGAGACCAUUGAAGUGGUUGAUGCUAAGGGUCGGAAACAAGUGAUCGAGGCACCCGUUAUGGUGCCAGCCACUGGAGAAAUGAUUGAGGAUGGAGGGGAUAUUGAAUUAUAG